AAAGAAAUAAUCAACGGCUAAAAUUAAAACCUCAUACAAUCCCAAAAUCAACCUUCACCAGCAGAAAAAUUAAAAACCCCCAAAUUAAUUUGAAACCAAAUAAAAACCCUAAUAAAUCCUCGCUACCUUUUUCUCUCUCCUAGUACUGUAAAUCUCAAUCAAUCUUGUCAUUUCUCUUUCUCUCUCAAUUAUCUUGGCGUAUUUGAUUGCUGAAUCCAAUGAUUGGGACUAAGCGCCGAAGUGUUUCAUUGAGUUCAAAUGCCGACGAUAAUCCUUUUCAAAGUAAAAAAGUCGUAGCAGAAGCUCCUAUAGGCAGUCAGGCAACAGCCGUAUUGCCAUCACCUGAAGUUGAAACAGCGGCAACACCGUCGUUGGAUCGGCGUAAAGCUGCUCGACAACAUGUGAGGGCUUUAAAUACUGAAUUCGCAAGUUGGGUGCAAUCUCAGUUGCGGGAUCAUCCGGACGAACUUUGGGAAGAUGGCGUAAGGGAUUACCUAGCUCAGACUUCGGACAUACUGGGGAAAUUUACUGAUGUUGUUAACUGGCUAAAAGCAAAUGCUGGUAAUGAAGGUAGUAUGUCUAGUUUUGGAAUCCAGAGCACUGAGAAGAAAAAUUCACCACAAACGAACAACAAGGAAAUGAAAUCUGUCUCGGGGACAUUUAAAUUUGGUAUGCCCGGUGCGAAUGCAAUCCCCAUACCUUCAUUGAACUCUGGAGCUUCCAGCACCCAAGCCUCAGUUCCUAGCUCAACUACAAACUCAGCUCCUUCGUGGAGCUUUGGAUUAUCUGCCAGUACUCCAGCUCUUUCACAAAGUGCAAGCACUGCUCCUGCUAGUUCUUGGAGCAGUGGAGUGGCGUUCGAUUCUAAAUCAUUGUCACAAGCCAAAACGGUUAGCUUUUCGACUUCACCUAAAUUUGGAGUAUCAUCCAAUAAUCAAGCAGCCUCAUCGACCCCCACUGCUAGCUUUAUGAGUUCUACAAGUUCUGGAACAUUCUCUAACAGUCAAAUUCCAUCAUUUGGUGCGUGGAACGCUGGAACUUCCUCAAACAGUCAAUCAGCUUUUUCAUUAGGGAAUCAAAAACCGGCCAUUUUACAUGAUAGUGCUAAAGAGGGUGCUGAUGAAGACAAUGAGCCUGAGCAGCCUAGCAGCCCAUCUGUGAAAAGUUCUGAAGAGAAGGGUAUUGCUGUGGUGCAUGAAACCAAGUGCAAGCUCUAUGUUAAGUCAACUGAUCCAGCUGAUAAAGAGCCCUGGAAAGAUAAAGGUACAGGCCAACUCUUCAUCAAACGUGAGGAAGGUGCCAGAAAGGGUACCAAGGAAUCUAAGCCAAGGAUACUUGUUCGUAAUGAUGUCGGAAGAAUAAUGCUUAACGCUUCACUCUACUCAGGCAUCAAGACAAAUUUGCAGAAAAAUGCUAUCGUGACCAUAUUCCAUACUUCGGAUGAUAGUGGAGCAAAUGACAAAGCAGUUGCUCGUACCUUUCUAAUAAGAGUUAAGAACGAGGAGGAAAGAAAUAAACUGGCAGACACUAUACGUGAACAUGCACCACCUGCUUAAGAACCGAAUAUAAGCUUUUGGUUGUGAUUGUUGUUUCAUAGUUCUUUCGGUGGCCCGAGCUGGAUUUUUUUCUUCCAGCUGUUAUUUUUAUUCUGCUGCAAUUUUGGGAAGGCGAGCUUGCAGGAGAAUGAGUACAAACAAACCCCGUUGCGCCAAUAUUGGGGUUAAGAUAUCCUCCACUGAUACAGGAGUUGAUACACAGGAACGAGCAGGGAGGCAUGUAUCAUAAACAAAAGUGAAGGUAAGAAAAAAUGUUCCUCUGCUCCUUUUAUUGGUGAUUGUAUGAUACUAUUUUGUUAGAAUGUUUUAUUUUCUGGUUUAGGCUACAUAUCUGUAACUCGAAGGCGAUGUUCAAUUCUUGUGCAAAGUAAUUAAAUGCCGAAUGUUCCUUUUUUA